AUGUAUUUCGCCAAGCAGUACCGCAACCACAACUUGGUCUACAUCUUGAUGGCCGUCGAGCUAGCGAUAGUGAUCCCCAUCCUCACUUUCUCUGGGAUUGCUGCGCAUGACCGGUACCGGACUAAGCUAUGGCAAGAUGGCUAUGACAAUGGCUUCAACAGCUCGCCCGACACAGAAGUUUAUGCUGCUGCCAAUUAUCGACCGUACGACACCCCGAAAGUCUGGGCCUCCUUUACCACCAAUUGGAACCUCGUCAUCUCGAUUUUGAGCGUUUUCGUCGUGAUCACAAAAUUCCCUCUUCAUAUCCUUGGUCUCCUAUUACCCUUCGGAACGGCCAUUGCUCAAGUCGGCUUGGUUAUUAUAUACUGCCUAUCUGCUGCGUGGCAAGCUAGUAGCGAUAAAUCAGACCCCGAACACCCCCAAAACGGGCCCCCGUGGUAUAUCACCAAGAACUGCAAUGUUGCCCACGAGAAAAGCAACGUCUCAUAUUGCCAACAAGGGAAGGCACUCUUCGCAUUCACCAUACUCAUCAUCGUUGUGUACACCGUCGAACUAGGCAUCGCCAUCCAGAGCUGCUUCAUAACUGAAGAAGAACGUGCCGAGCGCGAUGAGAAGCGAGAAGAGAAGGAGACCAUGAAAGCCUACGAGGACAUAAUCUUGAAAUCGCCUACCGCGUUCCCCAUGACGCCCAGCGCAGUUCCAAUGACGCCAAGUGCAAUGCCCAUGACGCCAGGCACGGCCACAUACCCGCGUGCGCCGAUGCCAGUAGCAACCCCGCGUAGCUUGGCAUUCAACAGACUCGACUCCAGUUCCACGGAUCUUCCACUCCGCGAACACUUUUCGCCGGAUCCUCAGGCAGUUAACCAGGAGGUGGAGGCGACUGCAUCAGGAUCAGGCCAGCAGCAACCCCCAUCCCAGAUAUACUUCCCCCCGCCCCCGAAGAAGGGAAAGAAAUAA